AUGGCAAGGAAGUUCAGUAGCCUGGAAAUCUUUCUGAUUGUCCUCUUUGUCAUAGUUACAAUAAUAGCUAUUGCCCUCAUUGCUGUUUUAGCAACUAGAACACCUGCAGUUGAUGAUUCCACUUCCUCUGCUUCAGGAAAAUGUCCAGCAGAUGUAAACGAUCUCGCUAAUGAGAGAAUAAACUGCAUUCCAGAUCAAUUUCCAACACAGGCCACGUGUGCGCAGCGGGGCUGCUGCUGGAAGCCGUGGAACAACUCUGUCAUUCCGUGGUGCUUCUUUGUGGAUAACCACGGCUACAACGUGGCAGAACGGAGAACCACAAAUGCUGGACUUGAAGUCAAAUUGAAUAGGAUCUCCUCUCCUACUCUAUUUGGAAAUGACAUUAACAACAUUCUCCUCACAACUGAAAAUCAGACAGCCAAUCGUUUCCGGUUCAAGAUUACUGAUCCAAAUAAUAACAGAUAUGAAGUUCCUCACCAGUUUGUAAAGCCGCACAAUGGACCCGCAGCUUCCAACACACUCUACGACGUGCAAGUUACAGAAAAGCCUUUCAGCAUCAAAGUGAUCAGGAAAAGCAACGGCAAAAUUUUAUUUGAUACGAGCAUUGGUCCUGUGGUGUACUCUGAUCAGUAUUUGCAGAUUUCAACCAGACUUCCCAGUGAAUAUAUGUAUGGCUUGGGGGAACAUAUUCAUAAGAGAUUUCGCCAUGACUUAUAUUGGAAAACAUGGCCCAUCUUCACGCGAGAUGAGCUUCCUGGUGACAAUAAUCAUAAUUUAUAUGGCCAUCAGACAUUCUUCAUGGGCAUUGAAGAUACUUCUGGAAGAUCAUUUGGUGUGUUUUUAAUGAACAGCAAUGCAAUGGAGAUUUUUAUUCAGCCAACACCAAUUGUAACUUACAGAGUUACUGGUGGCAUUUUGGACUUUUACAUCUUCCUGGGAGACUCACCAGCACAAGUAGUUCAACAGUAUCAAGAGCUCAUUGGACUACCAGCAAUGCCAGCAUACUGGAGUCUUGGAUUCCAACUGAGUAAAUGGAAUUACUCGUCACUAGAUGUAGUGAGAGAGGUGGUAAGAAGAAACAGGGAAGCUGGCAUACCAUAUGAUACACAAGUGACUGAUAUUGACUAUAUGGAAGAUAAGAAAGAUUUUACUUAUGAUAAAGUUGCAUUUGACGGCCUCCCGGCUUUUGUUGACGAUUUGCAUAGCCAUGGACAGAAAUACGUUCUCAUCUUGGAUCCUGCAAUUGCUAUAAGUAAACUUGCCAGUGGAGAAGCAUAUGGCGCUUAUGACAGGGGAAGCGCCCAAAAGGUGUGGAUAACUGAGUCAGAUGGAACUACGCCACUGAUUGGAGAGGUGUGGCCAGGAUUAACAGUAUUUCCUGAUUUUACCAAUCCAAACUGCAUAGAUUGGUGGGCAAAUGAAUGCAGUAUUUUCUAUGGAGAAGUGAAGUAUGAUGGAAUUUGGAUUGAUAUGAACGAAGUCUCCAGCUUUAUUCAAGGUUCAAGUAAUGGCUGCCAAGACAACAAAUUGAAUUAUCCUCCUUUUAUGCCUGACAUUUUGGACAAACUUUUGUACUCCAAAACAAUUUGCAUGGACGCGAAGCAGUCCUGGGGGAACCAUUAUGAUGUCCACAGCCUGUAUGGCUACAGCAUGGCAAUCGCCACAGAGAAAGCUGUGGAAAAAGUAUUUCCCAAUAAGAGAAGCUUUAUUCUUACUCGAUCAACUUUUGCUGGAAGUGGCAGGCAUGCUGCCCACUGGUUGGGAGACAACACUGCCUCCUGGGAGCAAAUGGAGUGGUCCAUCACUGGCAUGCUGGAGUUUGGCUUGUUUGGAAAUCCUUUGGUUGGGGCAGAUAUCUGUGGAUUUGUGGCUAACACUACAGAAGAGCUUUGCAGAAGAUGGAUGCAACUGGGAGCAUUUUAUCCAUUUUCUAGGAAUCAUAAUGCUGAUGGAUAUGAGCAUCAAGAUCCUGCAUUUUUUGGACAAGAUUCACAGUUGGUUAAGUCAUCAAGGCACUACUUAACUAUUCGCUACACUUUACUACCUUUUCUCUACACCUUGUUUUAUAAAGCUCAUGUGUAUGGAGAAACAGUAGCGAGGCCAUUUCUUCAUGAGUUUUAUGAGGAUACGAACAGCUGGAUUGAGGACACUCAGUUUUUAUGGGGCCCUGCUCUACUGAUUACUCCAGUUCUGAAACAAGGAGCAGAAACAGUGAGUGCAUACAUCCCCGAUGCUACUUGGUAUGAUUAUGAAACUGGUGCAAAAAGACCAUGGAGGAAACAGCGGGUUGACAUGUAUCUUCCAGGAGAUAAAAUAGGAUUGCAUCUUCGAGGCGGUUACAUCAUCCCCACUCAGCAGCCUAACGUGACAACGACAGCAAGUCGUGAGAAUCCCAUGGGACUUAUAAUUGCUUUAGAUGAAAACAACUCAGCAAAAGGAGACUUCUUUUGGGAUGAUGGAGAAACUACAAAUACUAUAGAAAAUGGAAAUUAUAUAUUAUAUACAUUUUCCGUUUCUAAUAAUACUUUAGAUAUCACAUGCACCCAUUCAGCAUAUCCGGAAGGAACUGCAUUAGCAUUUGAAACUAUAAAAGUCCUUGGUUUGUCAGACACUGCUACUGAAGUCAGAGUAGGAGAAACUGGCCAGCAAAUGAGUGUGCACCAAAGUUUCACUUAUGAUCCUUCCAACCAGGUUCUCCUAAUUACGGAUCUCAAACUUAACCUUGGAAAAAGUUUUUCUGUUCAAUGGAAUUCAGUUUUCCCUGAUGCAGAGAGAUUCAACUGCUAUCCAGAUGAAGACAUCCCAUCUGAAGACAUAUGCAGGCAACGUGGUUGCUCAUGGAACGAGAAUCUCCUUGAUCCCAAAGCACCUGUGUGCUACAUACCUAGACAAUCUGAUCCCUACUCAGUUGUGUCAACUCAGUAUCUCCCGACGGGCAUAACGGCUGACCUCCAGUUGAACCCAGCUAGUGCGAGAGUAACACUACCUUCUGAUCCAAUCUCAACUCUUCGUGUGGAAGUGAAAUAUCACAAAAAUGAUAUGUUACAGUUUAAGAUUUAUGAUCCCCAAAACAAGAGAUAUGAAGUUCCAGUUCCAUUAGACAUUCCAGCCACUCCAAUGAGCUCUUACGAAGACAGACUUUAUGAUGUUGAAAUCAAGGAACAACCUUUUGGUAUCCAGGUUCGAAGGAGAAGCAGUGGAAGACUUAUCUGGGAUUCUAGACUGCCUGGGUUUGCUUUUAAUAACCAGUUCAUCCAGAUAUCUACACGGCUGCCAUCAGAAUACAUAUAUGGUUUCGGGGAAUAUAAAAUGAAUUCCUACGGAUUCCACCCCUAUUAUAUGGCUCUGGAAGAAGAAGGCAAUGCUCAUGGUGUCCUCCUACUCAACAGCAAUGCAAUGGAUGUCACUUUCCAGCCAACUCCUGCUCUAACUUAUCGUACGGUUGGAGGAAUAUUGGAUUUUUACAUGUUUUUGGGCCCAACUCCUGAAGUUGCAACAGUGCAGUACCAUGAAGUAAUUGGCCAUCCAGUCAUGCCACCAUAUUGGUCUUUAGGAUUCCAGUUAUGUCGUUAUGGAUACAGAAAUACUUCAGAGGUUGAACAACUUUAUAAUGACAUGGUGUCUGCUGAGAUCCCUUAUGAUGUCCAAUACACAGACAUUAAUUACAUGGAGAGGCAACUGGACUUCACAAUUGGUGAAAGAUUUCGUGAACUUCCUCGGUUUGUUGAGAAAAUAAGAGGAGAAGGAAUGAGAUACAUCAUUAUCCUGGAUCCAGCUAUUUCAGGAAAUGAAACAGAACCUUAUCCUGCAUUUGAAAGAGGGUUGCAGAAAGAUGUCUUUGUCAAAUGGCCUAACACCAGUGACAUUUGUUGGGCAAAGGUUUGGCCAGACUUACCCAACGUAACAAUAGAUGAAACUAUCACUGAAGAUGAAGCUGUUAAUGAUAUGAAUGAACCAUCAAGUUUUGUAAAUGGAUCAGUUACUAACCAAUGCAGAAAUCAGGAGCUAAAUUAUCCACCCUAUUUUCCAGAACUUACAAAAAGAUAUGAAGGGCUACAUUUCAGAACUCUGUGCAUGGAAACUGAGCAGAUACUUAGCGAUGGAACAUCAGUUCUACAUUACGAUGUUCAUAAUCUGUAUGGGUGGUCACAAGCAAAACCUACAUAUGAUGCAAUUCGAAAGACAACUGGCAAAAGAGGGAUUGUUAUUUCCCGUUCCACGUAUCCUACUGCUGGACGUUGGGCAGGGCACUGGCUUGGAGACAACUAUGCAAAUUGGGACAAUAUGGACAAAUCAAUCAUUGGUAUGAUGGAAUUUAGUCUCUUUGGAAUAUCAUAUACUGGAGCAGACAUCUGCGGUUUCUUCAACAAUUCAGAGUAUCAUCUCUGUGCUCGGUGGACACAACUUGGUGCAUUUUAUCCAUAUUCCAGAAAUCACAACAUUGCCUUCACUAGAAGACAAGAUCCUGUUUCCUGGAAUGAAACCUUUGCGCAAAUGGCAAAGAAUGUUCUAGAGAUUCGAUAUACAUUACUACCCUAUUUCUAUACACAACUGCAUGAAAUUCAUGCUAACGGUGGUACUGUUAUCCGACCUCUUUUACACGAGUUUUUCAAUGAAAAGCCGACGUGGGAUAUAUACAAACAGUUCUUGUGGGGGCCAGCCUUCAUGGUUACUCCUGUACUAGAGCCUUAUGUGGAUACUGUAGAAGGCUAUGUCCCUAAUGCUCGGUGGUUUGACUAUCACACAGGCCAAGAUAUAGGUGUCAGAGGAGCAUCGCAUGAAUUUUCAGCUCCAUUUGAUAAAAUAAACCUACAUAUCCGUGGGGGUUAUAUCCUACCAUGUCAAGAGCCUAAUAGGACCACAUUUUACAGUCGAACAAAUUAUAUGAAGCUCAUUGUUGCUGCGGAUGAUGAUCAGAUGGCACAAGGAUCCCUCUUUUGGGAUGAUGGAGACAGUAUAGACACCUAUGAGAAAGACCUGUAUUUAUUGGUGCAAUUUAAUUUAAACAAGACAACUUUGACAAGCACUGUAUUGAAAAGUGGAUACAUAAAUAAAACAGAAACGAGGCUUGGAUAUAUUUAUGUAUGGGGAAGAGAAAAAACUCCUAUCUCUGAAGUUACCUUGACAUAUAAUGAAAAUAAAGUGGCACCUUACUUCACCGACGUUCCAGACAAAGACAUAUUAGAAAUUGAUCUAAGAGCUAAUGCUGUGACUCUUGAUGAACCAAUAGAAAUCAGCUGGUCUUGAAGAGAUUCUUUGGCUCAAACUCUCAAGGGGAAAUUGGAACUGGAUUUAAGUUUCUCUGGACUUAGUGGCUUCCCUCUUCAUAGAUAUCCUGUAUUCUAUAAAAUAUGAUUUUCACAGCACUUGUGUAGCAAUUAUAACACAAUGUACAUUAGUAGGACUACUAAUUUUAUUGUAUCAAUGUAAACCAGAUUCAGUUUUUCUAAAGUCAUGUAUUGGUAGUGGAAUGGUUUUAUUUACUAUUGUUUUUAAAAAGCAGCUAAAAGAGCAAAUUUGAUGCUAAAUAUUUAUAUGUAUUAUUAUGAUAUAAAUAAGUGAGUUUAGAUUAAGUGAAAUGUGCAAUUAUAAAGUUAUAAUGUUUUCUUUAAUAUUUUAGA